AUGGCGCCGCCCGCGCGCAGCAGCGCAGCAGCAGCAGCAGCAGCACCGCCAGCCGCGGAUUACAACCAGGCGGUCGGCGUCGCGGUGGACGCGCUGCUCGAGCGGGCGCCGAACCCGCGCCGCUGCGAGAGUGGCGAGGUCUUCAAGGGCCCGGUGACCGUGCUCGUAGAUGUGAAGGACGAGAGCGGCGCAGUGAUCGGUCAAGUCGAGCGCCCCAUGACGCUGUCGGACGCGAAGAAGGCGAAGGGCGGCUUCCACGCCAGGGUCCAAGCCAUCAACGCGUGGCUCGCCGCGGCGCAGCCCGAUGUACCGCUCAUCCCCGAGUACUGCGCCGGCUGGGCCGUGCCCGGCGUCUACCUGCGGACCGACAAGGACGGCAAGCGGAAGGACGAGUGCAUGGCGGACUUUCCCUCGCAGAAGCGGUGGAGCGGCGAGUGGUGGCGCUUCUGGCGGGAGCACAUCGAGCCGGCGAUCGCCGGCAAGGUUCCGGGACCCCCGCGCAAGUCGGUGUACCGGAAACUGUCCGAUCUGCGGGAGGGUCCGGCGCCGGCGCCCGAGAGUGCAGAUGCGGCAAGCGGCCGCAGGGCCAAGCGGCAGAAGCUGGGCCCGGCCGCGUCGGCAGGCGCGGCCGGCAGCCAUUCGGCAAGCGCGGCCGAGCCGCUCGUGGGCGCCGUGGUCCCGGUGCACGGGCCCGGUGAGGCGGAGGGCUUGCGCUUGCACCCGCCGGCGCCGGCGCAAGCGGCGGUGGCGGCGGCGCGGGCUGAGCGGGCCGAGCCGCCACCCGCCGCCGCGUCCCCACGGCGCCGCACCAAGGCCGGCAGCGGCGGAGGCGGCGGAGGCGGCGGCGGGAGCGGGAGCUGCAGCGGCGGGAGCGGGAAUGGCGCGAGCGUCGGGAGCGGCGAGAGCAGCGGAGGCGGCGAGUACGAGGCUCCGGCUCCUCCUCCCCCAACGGUGGUGGGGGCGGCGAGGGCAGCGGAGGAGGCGGAGGCGGCGGAGGCGGAGGAGGCGGAGGAGGCGGAGGAGGCGGCGGCGGCGGAGGCGGCGGAGGCGGCGGAGGCGGCGGCAGGACAGCAGGCUGCGCAGGAGCCGCUAGUCGCCGAGGCGGAGGGCUUGCGGCUGCACCUCUCGAGCAGCAGUGCCACCGGGUACAAGGGCGUGUCCAUAGAGCGCGGUGUGUAUGGCUCGCGCUUCCAGGCGAGGCACACGGUGGACGGUAGACAGGUCCGCUUCGGCUCCUUCGGCACGGCGGUGGAGGCGGCGGUGGCGUAUGCGCGGGCGGUCGGGGAAUACACCCCAGCGGUGCAAGCCGAGCCAACGGCUGUGGCUGCAGAAGCGAAGGUGGUUGCAGAAGCAGAGGGCUUGAGAUUGCACCUCUCCAGCAGCAGUGCCACCGGGUACAAGAACGUGUGCAACAAUGGCUCGCGCUUCCAGGCGAGGCGCUGGGUGGACGGUAGACAGGUCUGCUGCGGCUACUUCGGCACGGCGGUGGAGGCGGCGGUGGCGUAUGCGCGGGCGGUCGGGGAAUACCAGCCUCCGGCUCAUCCUUCUCCGGCGGUGGCUGCAGAAGCGGAAGGCUUGAGAUUGCACCUCUCCAGCAGCAGUCCCACCGGGUACAAGGGCGUGCAGCAGCGCCCCUCCGGCCGCUUCAAGGCGGGGCACAGGGUGGACGGUAGACAGGUCUGCUACGGCACCUUCGACACGGCAGUGGAGGCGGCGGUGGCGUACGCGCGGGCGGUCGGCGAGGCGCCGGGCCAGGCCGAGUUGGCGGCAGCAGCGGCGGCGAGGGCAGCGGAGGCGCAGGCUGCAGCCAAGGCGGUGCGCGUCGCCAAGGCCGAGCAGCUGCGGCAGCUGCGGCAGCUGCGGGAGCAAAAGCGACGGCUGCAGGAGCAGAAGCCGCUGCUGCAGGAGCAGCGGAGGCGGGCCGCAAUCGAGGAAGGGAGGCCCAGAAGCGGAGCGGCCAGCCGCCAGCGCCAGCCCCAGGCGGGCGGGGGCGGUGGGAGCGGCGGAGGGGGAGGGAGCGGCGGCGGGAGCGGUUGCGGCGGCGGCGGCGGCUGCGGUGGGUCCAGCAGCGGCGACGCAGGGUCGAGCGGCGGCAUCGUCGACGUCGACUGCCCGUUGGACGCUCUCGUGGCGGCGGUGCUCGCUGGAGCCCCCCGCGCUGUGCAGGACCCUUGGGGCUGCCUUGGUUUGCAGCAGUUGACGGGCCGCGAGGCGAGCCGGAAGCGGUACCUGCAGCUGGGGCACUCGACUGAGACGGUCACGGUGGACGGCUUCAAGGUGGAGCGGCCGGACUACUCUGUCGUGCAGCUGCGUGUCGGGGCGAGCCUGCCAGACGGCGCUUUCGACACCUUCGUCGGGGCCCUCGGCCGGCUGCCGAGUGACCACCCGCUCCGGCCAGCGGCCAAAUACCUUGGCCGCACCGCGACUCAGAAGAGGAAGGCGGCGACCAUCGAGGAGGGCGAUCGGUACGUCAACCUCGUUGGGGGAGCCAAGGGUUCUGCCAGACUCCGCGCUGCCAGCGAGUGGUUGGCGGGACUGGGGCUCACCCAGUACGCCGCCGUCGUCAAAGGCCCGCUCAUCCGGGCGACAGACGGCGGGCGCCUCACCGAUACUCCGCUAGAGACUGGCUCGUCAUAUAGCCAUUCUACGAAAGCGCUCAAGCUCGCGUACGAGCUCCUCCGCGAGCGCGACGAGGAGGACCUCGAGCUUGCGAUUGAGGAGGACGAGGCGGGCAACCCAAUUGUCAAGUUUGCCCACCAUUCGAACCGACGGUUCUCGGACAAGGUGGCGCGGGACACGAGCGAUGUCACGGGCGCUACCAUCACAGACAUCGACUGCAUCUUCGGCUGGAACGAGCAGGAGCGAGAGAGGUCGAUGCAGCAGCACUACGCCGGCCUCGAUCUCGCCUCGCGCAUCGAGCGGCUCGCGCGAGUGACUAUGAUGGUGUAG